UACUAUAAAAAUGUCCUCCAAGCUAGCUGCUAUCUCGGAGUUGGUCAACAAAAUGACCAUCAUCUAAGUAAAUAAAGCACUUUAUCCCAGCGCCAAUAACGCUCUUACCGUCCACGGGCUUCCUAGAGACUUCGGAAAAUGCAACUGAAGCAUCUUAAGACACUGUUAACACCCCAGGAGGGUGCUGCCAAGGUGACAUGCAUGACCUGGGCACCGAAUAACACCAAGUUCGCUGUUUGCACUGUUGACAGAGUGGUGCUGCUCUAUGAUGAGCAGGGGGAGAGGAGGGACAAGUUCUCCACCAAACCUCUGGACUCAAAGUUCGGGAAACAAAGCUAUGUUGUCAACGACAUGGCGUUCUCACCAGACUCCACCAAAAUCGCCAUCGGCCAGUCCGACAACAUCAUCUUUGUCUACAGAAUUGGAGAAGAAUGGGGCGACAAGAAAGCCAUCUGCAACAAAUUUGUUCAGACAAGUGCUGUGACUUGCUUGCUGUGGCCUGCAGAACAUGCAAUUGUGUAUGGAUUAGUGGAUGGAAAGGUCCGCCUCGCUAACACUCAGACAAACAAGUCAUCAACCAUCUACGGCACCGAGUCCUGCGUCGUCUCACUGGCAUCCAAUGUCUCUGGUAAAGGCAUCCUGUCUGGACACGCUGAUGGGACGGUGGUCCGCUACUUCUUUGAUGAUGAAGGUUCAGGAGACUCUCAGGGUAAGCUGUUGACCCACCCGUGCCCGCCCUACGCUCUGGCCUGGGGGGCCAACAGCAUCAUGGUGGGCGGCUGUGACAAGAAGGUGGUGGCGUACGGUAGAGAGGGCCACGUCCUGCAGACCUUCGAGUACAGCCGCGACCGCACGGAGAGGGAGUUCACCGUGGCCGCCACCAGCCCCAGCGGACAGUCCGUGGUGUUUGGCAGCUAUGACCGGUUGCGGGUGUAUAACUGGGCUCCCAGGAAAGGUGUGUGGGGUGAAGCCAAGCCGAAAGAGAUCCUGAACCUCUACACCAUCACCAGCCUGGCCUGGAAGAAAGACGGAUCACGCCUCUGUGCUGGAACACUGUGUGGAGGAGUGGAGCUGUUUGAUUGCUGCUUACGGAGAACCAUCUAUAAGAACAAGUUUGAGAUGACCUACGUUGGCCUGAGCCAGGUGAUAGUGAGGAACCUCUCAACAGGAACUCGGGUGGUUCUGAAGUCUUAUUACGGUUAUGAGAUAGAAGAAGUCAAAAUAAUGGGCAAAGAUCGCUACCUGGUGGCUCACACCUCCGACACGCUGCUGCUGGGAGACCUGCUGACAAACAAACUGAGCGAGGUGCCUUGGCCUGGUUCUGGUGGAAACGAAAAGUUCUUCUUUGAAAAUGAAAAUGUGUGCAUGAUUUUUAACGCCGGGGAGCUGAGCCUGGUGGAAUACAGCAACAACGAGAUCCUGGGAUCAGUCAGGACAGAAUUCAUGAACCCUCAUCUCAUCAGUGUCCGGCUGAAUGAGAGGAAGCAGAGAGGAGUUGAAGACAACAAGAAGCUGGCGUAUCUCAUCGAUAUAAAGACCAUUUGUAUUGUGGACUUGGCCGGAGGCUACAAUCUGGGAACCAUCAGCCAGAACUCUAAGAUUGACUGGCUGGAGCUGAAUGAAACCGGACGCAAACUGCUGUUCAGGGACAAGAAGCUGCGGCUCCAUCUGUACGACAUCGAGUCUGGCGUGAAGACCACGGUGCUGAGCUUCUGCUCCUACGUCCAGUGGGUUCCUGGCAGUGACGUGGUCGUGGCCCAGAACAGAGGGAACCUCUGCAUCUGGUACAGCAUCGACAGCCCCGAGAGCGUCACCAUGUUCCCCAUCAAGGGCGACAUCGUGGAUCUAGAACGAGUGGACGGGAAGACGGAUGUGAUCGUGACGGAGGGCGUUAACCCCGUGACGUACACUCUGGACGAAGGCCUCAUCGAGUUUGGCACGGCCAUCGAUGACGGAGACUAUGACAGAGCCACAGCAUUCCUUGAGACUCUAGAGAUGUCACCAGAGACUGAAGCCAUGUGGAAGACGCUCAGCAAGCUGGCUCUGGAGUCUCACCAGCUGCACAUCGCAGAAAGAUGUUUUGCUGCGCUGGGGGACGUCUCAACUGUUCGUUUCCUCCACCAGACGAACCAGAUCGCUGACAAAGUUUCACAGGAAAUGGGAGGAGAUGGAACAGCGUUUUUCCAGGUCCAGGCCCACGUGGCCAUGCUGGACAAGAACUUUAAACUGGCUGAGAUGCACUACAUGGAGCAGAAUUCCAUCGAUGAAGCGAUCGAGAUGUACCAGGAGCUCCACAUGUGGGACGACUGCAUCGCUGUGGCUGAAGCCAAGGGCCACCCGGAGCUGGACGCCCUGCGUGGGAACUACUACCAGUGGCUGACGGAGACGGGUCAGGACGAGAAGGCCGGGGAGGUGAAGGAGAACGAGGGAGACUUCCAGGGCGCCAUCAACCUCUACCUGAAGGCCGGCCUACCGGCCAAAGCCGCCCGCCUCGCCAUCAGCCGGCCGGAGAUCACCAACAACAGCGACACCGUCAGCCGCAUCGCCGCCAGCCUCAUCAAGGGAGAGUUUUAUGAGCGGGCAGGAGAUCUGUAUGAGAAGAUCAGGAACAACCAGAGAGCUUUGGAGUGCUACUGCAAAGGAGGCGCCUUCAGGAAAGCGGUGGAGCUGGCUCGCCUCGCCUUCCCUGCUGAGGUGGUGAAACUGGAGGAGGCCUGGGGAGAUUACCUCGUCCAGCAGAAACAGAUGGACGCCGCCAUCAACCACUUCAUUGAAGCAGGCUCCUCCCUGAAAGCCAUCGAGGCGGCCAUCGCAGCUCGCCAGUGGAAGAAAGCGGUCCACAUCCUGGAGCUGCAGGAGGAUUCAUCAGCCGGGAAAUACUACGUGAAGAUCGCUCAGUACUACGCCUCCAUGCAGAACUACGAGGUGGCAGAGCAGCUGUUUGUGAAGGGAGGUCACAUCAAAGAUGCUAUAGAGAUGUACACUACAGCAGGACGCUGGGAGGAGGCUCAUAAGUUGGCGGUGGAGUGUAUGACGGAGGAGGAGGUUAUGGCUCUAUACAUCAGCAGAGCUCAGGAGCUGGAGAGAGAUGGCAAAUUCAAGGAGGCUGAGAGGCUGUUUGCCACGGUGAAGCAGCCUGGCCUCGCCAUCACCAUGUACACCAAGAACCGGAUGUUUGAUGAUGUCAUUCGCCUGGUGGCCAAGCAUCACCCCGAGUUACUGACAGAGACUCACCUGCACCUGGCCAAGGAGUUGGAGGCUGAGUCCCGCUUCUCCGAGGCAGAGCACCACUUCAUGGAGGCUGAAGACUGGAAAGCUGCCGUCCACAUGUACAGAGUCAAGGACAUGUGGGAGGAUGCACACAGGGUGGCUAAGAGCCACGGAGGCCCCGGGGCCCAGAAGCAGGUGGCCUACCUGUGGGCUCGCAGCCUGGGAGGAGAGGCGGCCGUCAAGCUGCUCAACAAGUUCGGCCUCAUGGAAUACGCCAUCGAGACGGCUUCAAAUAACUUCUCGUUUGACUUUGCCUUCGAUUUGGCUCGUCUGUCCUGUAAGGAAAAGAUUCCUGAGAUCCACCUUAAACAUGCCCUUUAUCUGGAAGAUGAGGGCAAGUAUCCUGAGGCUGAGGUUGAGUUCAUCAAGGCAGGAAAACCCAAAGAAGCUGUAUGCAUGUACGUCCACAAUAAGGACUGGGCCAGUGCGCAGCGGGUGGCUGAGGGCCACGAUCCAGACUCGGUGUCUGAGGUCCUGGUCGGCCAAGCCAAGUUCUGCUUUGAAGAGAAGGAUUUCCAGAAGGCUGAAGCCUUCCUGCUACGAGCCCAGAGACCCGACAUCGCUAUUAAACAUUACAAGGAUGCCGACAUGUGGAGUGAUGCCAUGCGUAUCUGUAAGGAGUAUCUCCCCAACAAGCUCUCCAUGCUGCAAGAGGAGUUCGAGAAGGAGACCUCAAAGAAGGGAAUCAGAGGUGUGGAGGGUUUGCUGGAGCAGGCUAAAGAGUGGGAGCAGUCAGGUGAACACUCCCGGGCCGUAGAGUGUUACCUGAAGGUGAAGGACGACUCCAACGCCGCCCUGAUGGAGAAGUGCUGGAUGAAGGCAGCAGAGUUGUCCAUCAAGUUCCUCGAUGGAGAUCGAGCGGUGGAGGUGGUCCUGCUGGUCGGACCACGACUCACACAGCUGAGGAAGUACAACGCUGCUGCAGAGCUUUAUCUAAACAUGAACCUCAUCAAAGAGGCAAUCGACGUGUUUAUCGAGGGAGAGGAGUGGAACAAAGCCAAGAGAGUCGCCAAGGAGAUGGAGCCCAGGUACGAGGACUAUGUGGACCAGAAAUACAAAGAGCAUCUAAAGAACCAAGGAAAAGUCGACUCUCUGGUGGGUGUGGACGUCAUGGCAGCUCUGGACAUGUACGCAGAGAGAGGCCAGUGGGACAAAUGUCUGGAUACGGCAUCUAAACAGAACUUUAAGAUCCUCCAUAAGUACGUGGCUCUGUACGCGACACACCUCAUCAAGGAGGGUGAAGCUCUGAAGGCUCUACAGCUCUACAUCCAGCACGGAGCUCCACCCAACCCUCAGAACUUUAACAUCUACAAGCGUCUGUUCCUGGACCUGAUCAACCUCCCCGACACUGACGGACCCGAGUCUUACCGCAUGUGGGCCGACCUCCGCGAUUUCCUGCUGCAACUGUGUGAGAACAUGUCGCGGUCGUCUGAAGCUAACUCUCCGGCUCAUGAAGACUUUGAGCAGUUACUGCUGAUCGCUCACUACUACGCCACCAGAUCCGCCGCUAAAGGAGACACACAACUGGUCAGUCUUCCAGCCAAGCUGUCUGUGUCUCUGCUGCGUCACACCGAGCUCGUUCCUGCAGAUAAAGCGUUCUACGAGGCCGGCCUGGCCUGCAGGGCUGCAGGCUGGGAGAACAUGGCCUUCAUCUUCCUCAAUCACUUCUUGGAUCUGUGUGAUGCUAUCGACGAGGGGACGAUGGACGCUCUGGAUCACUCCGACUUCGUGGAAACCGACAUUCCCUUCGAGGUUCCAGUUCCCACCAAACUCUGCGUCACUGACGCCCAGCGGGAGCAGAUCCGUGACUGGGUUCUGAUGGUCUCCAUGGACAACCGGUUGGAGCAGGUUCUACCACGGGACGAGAGGAACACGUACGAAGCCUCGCUGGUCGCCGCCAACACCGGCCUCCGCUCCCUGCCCUGCGUCCUCACAGGCUACCCCGUGCUGAGGGAUAAGAUUGAGUUCUCGUCGGUGGGAAAAGCAGCCAACAAGAAAGACUGGAACAAAUUCCUUGUUUCCACAAAGUCGACUCACAGCUCAGAGUGUCAGGACGUCCUCAAGUUCAUCAGCCAGUGGUGUGGCGGCCUGCCGGCCUCCGGGUUCUCCUUCCACUGACACACACACACACACACACACACACACACACACACUUUCUUGUACUUCUAUCUUUGUGAGGGCCCUCAUUGGAAUAGUGAAGUUGUUAGUUUUAAUUCGUUUUUAGAGUGACUUUGUUGGGUGGGAGAUUAAAAGAGGUCACAGUAAAUUUUGCCUUUAUUUCCUUUGUCUUAUCCAUCUUCAUUAUGUAUGAAAAAAGUUGACAAAACAAAGGACAUUUUCACUAUCAUUUUAGUUAGUUUUGUAACCACACAAUACAGUUCAAAUUAAUUAUCUUUUUUUUUUUAACUCUCAAUUUUAUUUUUAUUUCAGUUAACGAAAUUGUUUUUUAAAUUCUAGUUUUCGUUAUUUCGUUAGUUUCUGUUAACUAUAAUAACCUUUUUCCCCAGUCCCUAACCCUAACCCUAACAUAAACCUGAUUGUAACCUUUAAUCCUCAAAACAAAGUCUGAAAUCUCAAAAAAGCCUCUAAAGAAGUGAGGACCGGCCGAAAUGUCCUCACUUUGCAAAAAUGUCCUCACUCUUGGUUAAAAACGUGUUUCGGUCCUCACUUUGUAGGAAGUACAAGAACACACACACACACACAAACUUCUACUAUUUCCCGUCUUGUUACACUUCCAUUUUUGCUGCAAUAUUUGAAAUACUACAUCCAUCUGUCUGUGCUCUUUCACCUUCUUUCUUCUUUCUUUCUGUGUCCAAAAACAUUUAUUAUUACUUAUUAAAUUUUUAUUUUUUACUCUCCAUCAAAUAUAUAUUUAUUUAUUCCACUUUUCAUUUUUAUUUUCUGUAAUUUUUAUGUAAAUUUAGUCAUCGAAAUGCCGUUUUUGAAGCAUUCUCUGCACUUCCAGGUGUGUAAUCUUGCAGAAAGUCCUUUUAUUUUGAUUAUUUAAGUAAUUAUACAUUGCUAAAAAAAACACAUUUUAAGCAAAAUCAGAAUCAGAAUCAGCCUUAAAAUCUCCAAUAUGUGGUUCCUGCUGAAAAUAUUAAUCUUUAAAAACGCAUAAUUCUUUGUAAAACGCCUCAUAAAUGUUCAUUUAAAAAAAAUGCUAAAUAGUUUCUUUAAACACAUGGAAAUUUAGUUUUUAUCAAAAGUAACUAAAACAGGAAGAAAUGGUGCAUUUGUUUGGGACUAUUUUCAGCGGCGGAUUCAUUAACAUUUGGUGCCACAGUAAGUAAUUUGAUAGCAGGACUUGAUCUGAAAUCUCUGCACCUCCAGGUGUUUAAUCCUGUAGAGAAAUCCUGUUUUUAUUAUUAAUUUCUUAUUCUUUUGCUAAAAGCAGUCACAUUUUAAGCAAUUUAUUCAAAAAUAAAAUCAGAAUCACCCUUUAAAUCUUCCACAUAUUCCAAUAUUUGUUCUCUGCUGCAGUAUAAAUAAGUAAAUCUUUAAAAACACCUUUUUAAAAAUGGCUAAAUAAUUACCUAAAACACCUGGUUACUGUACUUUUU